AAAAACGACAUAACAUCUCGUGCUUUUGGAGCUGGAGAAUUUACAAUGCCUCGAUAUGCGCAACUAGUGAUGGGUCCUGCCGGAAGUGGAAAGAGUACUUACUGUGCCACAAUGAUAGAGCAUUGCCAGGCCCUCAACCGAUCUGUACAGGUGGUGAAUCUAGAUCCAGCUGCAGAACAUUUUGAGUAUCCUGUCAUGGCAGAUAUUCGAGAACUAAUCCAAGUAGAUGACGUCAUGGAGGAUGACUCCCUGAGAUUCGGCCCCAAUGGAGGGCUGAUCUUCUGUAUGGAGUAUUUCGCCAACAACUUUGACUGGCUGGAAGAAAGUCUUGGUCAUGUGGAGGAUGACUAUAUACUGUUUGAUUGCCCUGGUCAGAUCGAGCUGUACACGCAUCUGCCUGUAAUGAAGCAUCUUGUUGAACAGCUACAGCAGUGGGAGUUCCGCGUGUGUGGCGUCUUCCUGGUGGACUCUCAGUUCAUGGUCGAGACCUUCAAGUUUAUCUCUGGAGUUAUGGCUGCCUUGAGUGCUAUGGUGUUACUAGAAAUCGCACAAGUCAACAUAAUGACUAAAAUGGAUCUACUCAAUCCAAGGGCUAAGAAGGAAAUAGAGAAGUAUCUAGACCCGGAUAUGUACUCCGUGAUGGAGGACAACUCCGUUGCUUUGAGAAGCAAGAAAUUCGAAAAAUUAACCAAGGCCAUUUGUGGUUUGAUUGAUGAUUACAGUAUGGUUCGAUUCCUGCCCUUUGAUCGCACUGAUGAGGAGGGCAUCAACAUUGUCCUGCAGCACAUUGAUUUCUCCAUACAGUAUGGUGAAGACCUGGAGUUUAAAGAGCCCAAGGAAUUGAAUGAGGAACCCAGUAACACGAAUUUUGAUGAGUUCUUCCAAGGCACAGCAGAUUCUUGAAUUCCCACAUGAAGCCAGACUACAUUUAUGUGUUCCACUAAUUAAGAGUUUCAUUUAUUUAAACAAUAUUCUGUCAUGUUCAUGAUAUCAUUGGUUGGAGGGUGCAACCGAAAACUGUGCUGUGUCUCAAUCUUCUUAGCAGAGUUUUAUAAAAUGUAAUCAGUUUUUUAGAAUUGUCUAUUUAUUUUUGCAAUAAAAAUAGGGAAAUGACAA